CAACCUCUCUUUCCUCGAAAACUUCCUUUCAAUUUCCUUGGGUUUCUUCUAGAUCAACUGCUCCUUCUUUGUUUCCCUGCGUGUAUAUAUAUGACCUCCAACGUGGUCAUCUUUCCAUAAAAUAGUUCCGAAGCAAAAGUAGAGCCGCACAAAUUUAAAAGAAGUUGUUUGAUAUUUAGUCAAGUACGUACUUAGUACCUAAGCUCUCAAUCAAACUUUAUUAAUUAUCAUCAAUGGCGUCGCGCAGUGGGGUUGUUUUCGAAGACUUCUUUCCCGCCAUGGUCGAGAAGUUGGGUGCUGAAGGAUUCAUGAAGGAGUUGUGCAAUGGAUUUCGCUUGUUGACGGAUGGAGACAAGGGUGUGAUCACGUUCGAGAGCUUGAAGAAGAACUCUGCUUUGCUGGGAUUGCAAGGUAUGAGUGAUGAGGAGGUAAUGUGCAUGCUUAGAGAAGGAGAUUUGGAUGGGGAUGGGGCUUUGAAUGAGAUGGAGUUUUGUACUCUGAUGUUUAGGUUGAGCCCUGAGUUGAUGGAAAGUUCAAAAGAAUUGUUGGAGGAAGCCAUUGUUAGUGAAUAUUAGUUAGUUUCCUUUCCUUUCCUUUCCUUGCAAUCCCACCCCCCAAGAGAGAGAGAGAGAGAGCUUUGUUCCUGUCCUUGUACUUGGGAUUAAUCUUCUCUGUUCUUACUGUUUUCCUCGCCGGAUUGGGUUCUCUGUUCGUUCGUUUAUUUGCUUGUUUUUUGUCAUGAGUAGACAGUAGAGUCCUCUGUUUGUUAAGGAAGUUUUUGUUACAGAGAAACUUAGGCUCUGCUUAUGUCACCCAAAAGAAAAAAAAAGAAAGAAUGUAGUGUCUCUGUGUUCUUCUAUUGAGCAUUUUCUCUCUCUUUUUCCAACGCUGUUAUUUCUGUCUAUGUAAUAAAGAAACUUGUGUCCUCUGUUUUUAA